AUGCUGGAGAACGGCUCUCUCUCCAACUGCUGCGAGGCGGGCGAGCUGGCCCGGCGCCCGGGCUGGCCGGGGGAGGGCAGCGCGCGGCCCUCAGGGACCGCCCGUCCUCCCUGGGUGGCGCCCACUUUGUCUGCGGUGCUCAUCGUCACCACCGCGGGGGACGUCGUGGGCAACCUCCUGGUCAUCCUCUCCGUGCUCAGGAACCGCAAGCUGCGGAACGCGGGCAAUUUGUUCUUGGUGAGUCUGGCAUCGGCUGACCUGGCGGCGGCCUUGUACCCGCACCCGCUAGUCCUUGCGGCCAUCUUCCAAGAUGGCUGGGCCCUGGGGGAGGUGCCCUGCAAGGCCAGUGCCUUCGUGAUGGGCCUGAGUGCCAUUGGCUCCGUCUUCAACAGCACUGCCAUUGCCCUUAACUGCUACUACAUCUGCCACAGCGUGGCCUACCACCAGAUCUGCUGGCCCUGGCAUAUGCCCCUCUAUGUCUGCCUCAUCUGGCUCCUCACUGUGGGGACCUUGGUGGCCAACUUUUUCACGGGGUCCCUGGCAUAUGACCCGGGCAUCUACUCCUGCACCUUCAUUCAGAUGGCCAGAGCCCGGUACACGAUGGCGGUGAUGAUCAUUCACUUCCUCCUCCCCGUCGUGGUCGUGUCCUUCUGUUACCCGCGCAUCUGGGUGCUGGUGCUCCAGGCCCGCAGGAGGGCCAAGCCGGACACCAAGCUGCGCCUGCAGCCCGGCGACGUCCGGGGCUUUCUGACCAUGUUCGUGGUGUUUGUGGUCUUCACCAUCUGCUGGGCCCCGCUGAACGGCAUCGGCCUCAUGGUGGCCAUCGACCCGGAGGCAAUAGCUCCCUGGGUCCCAGAGGGGCUCUUCGUGGCUAGCUACUUCCUGGCUUAUUUCAACAGCUGCCUUAAUGCCGUCGUCUAUGGGCUCCUGAACCAGAACUUCUGCAGGGAAUACAGGAGGAUUGUCUCGGCCCUCUGGAACCCCCGACGCUGCGUUCAGGAUGCUUCCAAGGGCAGCCAAACUCCCCCUUUGGGGAAAGCCCAGCACCCAGUCCGGUUAGACACUCUCUAG